CUUUUUGUGAGCUCGGUUUUUUUACUCUGAAUAUGUUUGCUUAAAAUUUGCAUGACAAAUUCUGUCAGUUUAUAUCGGUGAAAUUGAAUCUUUUUAAUUAAUGUUUUCUGUUUCGCGACCAAGUUUUUAUUAUAUAACCUACGGAAAUAUGACAUGCAAAAUCAGUUGAAGCUGCCUCCAAACGUCAAAACAUCGUGAAAUCAUCAGAAACGGAACAAUGUUCAAACUAAGUGCUAUCGUUGGCAUUCUGUCCGUUUUCCAAAUCAGUAUUGCGAGAGCACGUUGUUGCGAUGAAAUGAAAGCUGGUAUUAAAAAGCGCACUCUUGCCUAUAAUAUGCUGUGUGAGAACGACGAUCAAGAUCUGGCCAAAUGCUGUGGUUUCAUAAAAGAAUAUAUUGUCCAGCAGCAAAUUGCUUACAACAAACUAUGUCGAAAUCACGUCAUUCAAAAAAGCUGUUAUGAUCUCUAUCUGUCUGGAGUCAAAGAAGAUGGUGUUUAUACCAUUGAUCCUGAUGGCCUGGGUUCGUUCAAAGUCAGUUGUGAUAUGAGCAAAGACGGGGGUGGCUGGACCGUGUUCCAAAGAAGACAAGAUGGAAGUCAAGAUUUCACCCGUAAAUGGUCAGACUAUAAAGCAGGCUUUGGUGAUCUUAACGGCGAGUUCUGGCUGGGUUUGGACAAAAUACAUCGUUUGACCAAAUCUGGUCAAAAUGUUUUAAGAGUUGAUUUGAAGGAUUUCAAUGGCGAUGAACGAUACGCUAAAUAUGGAACGUUUAGUGUGGCAGAUGAAUCAGACAAAUACAAAUUGAAAAUUGAAGGUUAUUCAGGUGAUGCGGGGAAUUCUUUUCGUUUUGAAAACGGUCAGAAAUUCACUACGAUAGAUAAUGACAACGACAGGGGUUCGGCCAAUUGCGCAAAAAACUGGAAAGGUGGUUGGUGGUACCGUAACUGUGCAUACAGUAAUUUAAACGGCCUUUAUCUUGGAAAGGGGAAAAAGCAGUACAGUGGAAUUCACUGGCGCGAUUGGGAAUCGAAGAAUAUCAAGUUUGCAGGCAUAAAAAUGCUCAAGAAUGUUGACAUGAAAAUGCGGCCCAGCGGCCCGAAAUCGUAGGCAUAAUUUAGCAUUUUGUUUUAUAUUAUUGCAUUUUUGAUUAAUAUUCAUCAUAAGUACCAAUUGAUCAUAAGUUAUACCUAAGAUAUCCUAAAUAUCCUAUCCAGUUUUACCGUAAUUAAAAA